AUGGCUAUAAGGUUAAAGCCAAAAGUGAGAAACUUCUUACUUGACAUGUGUCAACGAAGGCGAUAUGGUUUCCUUUUCAUAGCCUCUGUCCUCGCCAUACUGUAUUAUAAUGGCAACUGGCCAUUUCCCUCAAAAAUAAUGCUCGAUCCGAACAAUCUACCUUACUCCUUUCAGGACUAUUCCACUGAUAAAGACGAGCCGUUUUUUCGGGGUUGUACCGAUACCAGCCUGUAUCUACAAGACCCAGAUUAUACCAAAAUGAACGCGUCUUUUGUUAUGCUUACAAGAAACGAAGAAGUAGACGAUGUAUUGAAAACAAUGAAAAGUAUAGAGGGCCAUUUUAACCAAUGGUUCGAGUACCCGUACGUGUUUUUGAACGAUGAACCAUUCACAGAUUUCUUUAAGGACCAAAUUCGAGCGAUAACCAAUGCCAGUAUUGAGUUCGGUGUUGUCAAUGAAAUAGAAUGGGAAUUUCCAGCCGAAGUACGUGAUUCAUUACUUUUCAAAACUGCAUUAGAAGACCAAAAUGAUAGAGGCAUAAUGUACGGUAAUAUGGAAUCGUACCAUCAGAUGUGCCGAUUUUAUUCCGGAUUGUUUUACAAGCAUCCACUAGUCUCAAAAUACGAGUGGUAUUGGAGGAUAGAACCGGAUGUAGACUUCUUUUGUGAUAUCUCAUACGAUCCAUUUUUUGAAAUGGCCAAAAACAAUAAGAAAUACGGGUUCACCGUAUUGAUAACCGAACUGUAUUGGACUGUUCCUAACUUGUUCAGAACAACCAAGAGUUUUAUAAAAAAGACAGCGGGUUUAAGAGGGAACCUGGGCACACUAUGGAAACUAUUCACAUUCAAUCAUAAUAUUCUAGACACUGAAGAUGAAGAAAUUUCUAGAUGGGUGAAUCAACCCUGGGAAGCGAAACCAAAAUUGACUGAGAAGCUGAUGGUAGACUUUCUAGUAGAGAACCACAGCCAAGAUGAUUAUGAGGAUGAUAUAGAAGGUAUACAAUAUCUGGUGGAAAGGGCGCGCUCUAAGAUACCAUUGCUGGAAGAUGCUUUUGAAAAGGAAGAAUACAACUUGUGCCAUUUUUGGAGCAAUUUUGAAAUUGCCCGUGUUGAUUUAUUCGAUAAUGAGAUUUAUAACGCCUAUUUCAAACAUUUAGAGGAAACGGGUGGUUUCUGGACCGAAAGAUGGGGAGAUGCGCCCAUCCAUUCGAUUGGUUUAGGAAUGAUUCUGGACCUAGAAGACGUUCAUUAUUUUAGGGACAUUGGUUAUAGACAUUCGUCGUUACAACAUUGCCCGAAGAAUGCCUUACAAGAGCAAAAAAAUCCUCUUAAGUUUGAUAAAGGAUAUGGCUUCGGAUCUGGAUGCCGAUGCGUCUGUCCCAAGAAUGAGGAAGAUAUCGAGGAUAAUUCUAGCCCCUGCAUGGACAUUUUCUUUGAAUUACUUCACGGCAAGGAGUACGAGCAAGAUUUUCCAGGCUGCUACAAGCCUUCCAUAAAAGACGAGGACGUGGUUGAAGAAAUCAGGAAAGAGAAUUUCAAAAUCCUUGAUUAG